GCAACGUGAUGGUUGAGCAAUUUACAUUUACAUCGUUUGAAAACCGAUUAGAUUACGCAAAAUAAAAAACGGUUUUGCGACGGGGUGUGGUAAAAUCAACUGACAUUUAACUAAACCGCUUGUUGAAACCUCGCAGAAAUGAAAUUCGCGCAUUGUCGCAGUAACAGAGAACGACAGAGCGAUAUCGACAAUUUUAUCGAGUGAUAUAAAACGAUAAGGACGCGGUUGGAUCAGAAAUUCGGCACGUGGAUCUGUGAACGAUGCAGCGAGGAAAAUAAGGCAAGAAACUAGGCGAGGAAGAAGGGAUAGGAAAUUGCGCGAGAACGUUAACAACAAGGACGGAUAUCCAUUUUAGAAGAGGAAGAAAAAGAAGUCAAUCGCGCGAUCAGCUGAUCGCCACCGCGUCAUUCAGUCAUUCUUACAAUUCUACCAUGGCGCGUAAUGUUUUCCGGACGGCACAAAGCAACCAUCGUCUCAGGGAAUAUAUUAUUUACCAUAAUAGAGGGGUCCGGAGCGAGCUGUUUCACUCUGAGCAAUGAGUCCGCAAAGUCAUAAGAAUAAUCUAACUGCAAAAGACAUGCAGUCCAACGGAUACUCUGCUGGCAAUACCAUGGCCAAAGAAGCGAAAAAUCAUUCAUCUCCUUGUGAGUCAGUGGAUUCGAUGCCUUGGUUUGGGAUGGAUAUAGGCGGUACAUUGUGUAAAUUAGUGUACUUUGAGCCAAAAGAUAUAACGCGAGACGAAGCGGACGCAGAAGUUGAGACGUUAAAAAAUAUUCGUCGAUACCUUACCAAAAAUUCAGCAUACGGAAAAACUGGUCAUCGUGAUACACAUUUACAAAUGAAUAACGUCAGCAUUAGAGGCAGACGAGGAACGUUACAUUUUAUUAGAUUUCCCACAAGCGAAAUGGGAAAUUUUUUAGCACUAGCAAAAUCAAAGGGUAUGGCCAAUCUCGUGACUACUGUUUGCGCCACUGGUGGUGGUGCUUUUAAGUUCGAAGAUAAUUUCAAAAAGGAAGUAAAUAUGAACUUGGCAAAGUUCGAUGAAUUAGAUAGUUUAAUACGCGGAAUGCUCUAUAUAGAGACUACGAAUCCACGUGAAUGCUAUUAUUGGUCGAAUCCCACCGAUGACAGCAAAUGCCAAAAAGUACCCUACGACUUCUCCGAACCAUAUCCUUUCUUGCUCGUUAAUAUAGGCUCUGGAGUAAGCAUACUGGCUGUGUAUGGGUCAGAAAAUUAUAAAAGGAUAUCUGGAACAAGUUUAGGUGGGGGUACGUUCUUAGGAUUAUGUUGUCUGCUUACUGGAUGUAAUACCUUUGAGGAGGCGAUAGAAUUAGCAACAGGCGGUGAUAAUACAACAGUAGAUAAAUUGGUUAAGGAUAUUUAUGGCGGCGGUUAUGGUCGUUUCGGUCUUCCCGGAGAUUUAGUUGCAAGCAGUUUUGGACAAAUGAAUUCUAAAGAUCGCAGAAAUACCGUCACGAAGGAAGAUUUGGCGCGUGCAACUCUUGUUACUAUCACGAAUAAUAUUGGUUCUAUUGCGCGUAUGUGUGCUGGCAAUGAAAAAAUCGAGAGGGUCGUAUUUGUAGGGAAUUUUCUCAGGGUAAAUCCCAUAGCGAUGAAGUUAUUGGCCUAUGCUAUGGAUUAUUGGUCCAAAGGAACUUUGAAAGCCCUGUUUUUGGAACAUGAAGGUUAUUUCGGCGCGGUGGGAUGUCUAUUACAAUUUAAUGGCGAAUCGUGCUAAACACAAUAGAAAAUGUCGGGGAAACAGUCAUACAACAUGCAUCAUUCCAUAUGACCAACUUCGUAGAACAUUUCUCGAGUGAGCAAGAUUGUUCAACAUAAUUAUAUUUAUUUUUGUUACAUUUUUCUCAAUUAUUCAUGAAUCUACUGUCUAUUGAAUAAUCGUUUAUUAUAAUGAGAAUACGGAGAAACCUUGAUAUUUAGCAAUAAGAUUAAGGAUAUAUUUGUAAAAUGUCAUCGUAUAAUUUAUCACUAUUUUAAUGUAGGAAAAAAUAAUUGUGUCAAGAUAGUUCUUUUCUUUUUUGGUCGGAGGGUAAUUAUUUCGAUAUAAUUGUUCGAUUACGAGCACAAAUUUGAUACUCGGCAGGUAGAAUCAAUAAUGGACCAAUCCAAAGGGAUUAAGGAUUGCCUUUCCUUCCGAUGUUCGUUACAUGCCGCAUAUAGACUAGUUCUACCUCAUAAUUUAUAUUGUAAAGUUUUUCUACGAAUGUGCACAGGUUUUUAUGUAUAUAAGUAAUAUGGCAAUCGUUAUUACACUUGCACAUUUUUUCGUAACAAUGGAAUAAAAUCAUUGUAGCGGUAAAUACUUUCGCACUUUACUUUAAUUGUUAAUAUUUGUUAUUAAUGCAUUGCGUGUUAUAUAAGAUGAAAUUUUUAAUACGAAUUUUUUAUUGAAUAUUAAUGCAACUUGCUAAUGAAACAUUAUUCAUUCGCAUCUGGCAAUUGCAUAAAUUAAGAAUUUUUUAUCGAUUCAGUGAGCUAUUGUAAUGCAAAAUAUACGCUUCCGUCAGGAUAUUAUGAAACGAUGCAGUACAUAUUCCAAGUUAUCAAAGAUGUGUCAAACGUUAAAUCUUGUUUCUGAGAAAUAUGUAGUAAUGCGAUCGAAAUCAUUAAAAAACUGACAUUAUAUCGCAAAGAAAAUGUAUAUAUUUUAGAAAUAUUGUUUUUUAGAAAACAGUAUAAUCGUGAUAUAUAUUUAUCUUCUAUUUUAACUAUUUGAAAUGUAACAAUUGAUAAAACUUUCGAUAUGUUAUUACUUGUAAUUUAUCGAAUAAUUUGACAUUACCACAAACGUAUCCUUAUGCAAACGAAUAACUUAUUUCUGUUGCAAUGUAUUGUGAAAACAUGCCAAACAAACUUUAAUAAAAUAUCAUUUUAAUAUACAA